CCACACCAGGGUCCGGAGGAGUAAUGGUCACCUGGGAUCGAACUGAGAAUAGGGACGGCCCCAAGAUGCUGAAACCGCUUGUGGAGAAGCGGCGCCGGGACCGCAUCAACCGCAGCCUGGAAGAGCUGAGGCUGCUCCUGCUAGAGCGGACCCGGGACCAGAACCUCCGGAACCCGAAGCUGGAGAAAGCAGAAAUACUGGAGUUCGCCGUGGGCUACUUGAGGGAGCGAAGCCGGGUGGAGCCCCCGGGGGUUCCCCGGUCCCCAGCCCAGGACGCCGAGGCGCUCGCCAGCUGCUACUUGUCCGGCUUCCGCGAGUGCCUGCUUCGCUUGGCUGCCUUUGCGCACGACGCCAGCCCAGCCGCCCGCGCCCAGCUCUUCUCCGCGCUGCACGGCUACCUGCGCCCCAAGCUGCCCGGACCGGAGCUGGUAGAUCCGAGGCCUCCAGCGCCGCGCCCACCGCUUGAUCCCGCCGCACCCGCCCUAGGCCUCGCGCUGCACCAGCGCCCCCCAGUGCACCAGGGCCCCCCUAGCCCGCGCUGCGCGUGGUCCCCAUCCCUCUGCUCAGCCCGCGCCAGGGAUUCCGGCGCGCCGGCGCCCCUCACAGGACUGCUGCCUCCGCCGCCGCCGCCUCACAGACAAGACGGGGCGCCCAAGGCCCCGCCGUUCCCGCCAACCGCUUUCUGGAGACCUUGGCCCUGAGCUGUGGUGGGGGGUGGAGGCGGGGACUGGGGGUGGGGUAGAGACUCCAGCCCGUGGGCAGCAGAGGUACCCGGGCGUCCGGGCGAGGAGGUAUUGGGGAGGGCGGCGGGGCGCGCGGACUCAGCGCGCGGGUGAGAUGUGGUCUAUAUUAGAGUAUCUAUAUAAAUAUAUAUUUCCCUGGUUCUUGUCCCUUUUCCCUGACCCCCUCCUCCUUGCGUCUAGGACUGUACACUCUUUGCUCUCCGCCGAGUCCCAGUUCCUUUACGAGUCCCUAGUGCAUGGAAUAAAGUGGUUAUUAAAUCCCCGUGUGUCCCCGAGCCAGGGGCCUGCCUUUAUCUCGACGUCCACGCCCACUUUCCCUUCCCUUCCCAGUCUUGCUCUCCGUGGCCCAAGCUCCGGAGCAGACAGGUAAGUAAAGAAGAGAGCAGAGCGGGGACUGAGGUUGGAACUGAAACCAGGUGGAAAACAGAUAGGGUAGGGGAAAAAGGGAUGGGGAGGAUCUUUGAGGAAAGUCAGAUAAAAAGGAAAGAAAAAAAUUUAAAUAAAAUCGACUCUGGUGGGAUUCGAACCCACAACCUUU